AUGAAGAUAACGGCACUUCUUCCACUCGUAGCUGCUGUGGCGGCGCUGCCAGCACAGAGCGACAUCGCAACACGGGCUUCGAUAUCAAAAGUCGAUGGGUUGAAGUUCAACAUUGACGGUGUUACCAAGUACUACGCAGGUACCAAUAGCUACUGGAUUCCCUUCCUCACCAACGACAAUGAUGUCGACGUAAUUAUGGGACAUCUGGCGACCUCCGGUCAUAAGAUCCUGCGAGUCUGGGGGUUUAACGAUGUCAAGUCCGUCCCUGGCUCAGGCACUGUGUACUUCCAAGCUUUCUCCGGCUCCUCUGCUACCAUCAACACCGGAGCUAACGGUCUGCAACGUCUGGACGCGGUGGUGAAGGCAGGGGAGAAGCACGGUAUCAAGCUCAUCAUCAACUUUGUCAACAACUGGACAGACUAUGGCGGGAUGGCCGCCUACUUCUCCGCUUGUGGUGUCAGCAGCAACGAACAAUGGUACGCGGCAGCAAGAUGCCAAACCCUUUACCAGAACUACGUCAAAGCCGUGAUAUCGCGCUACCGAACUUCGAAUGCCGUCUUCGCGUGGGAGUUGGCCAACGAACCUCGCUGCAAGGGCUGUGCAACCUCUGUCCUCACGACCUGGAUCCGCAAAACAUCAGAUUACAUCCGCUCCCUCGACAAAGACCACAUGAUUACUGUAGGCGACGAAGGAUUCGGUCUCGCAGGCGACGGCUCCUACCCCUAUCAGUUUAGCGAAGGCUUGGACUGGGCUGCCAACCUAGCCUUGCCAUCGAUCUCCUUUGGCACGUUCCAUUUGUAUCCCGAUAGCUGGGGAGUGAAUAAUACGUGGGGCAAUGGAUGGAUUCAGGCGCAUGCGAAGGUUUGCGCACAGCUGAAGAAGCCGUGUUUGUUUGAAGAGUAUGGGGUUCCGCAGGCGGCUCAGCAUUGCAGUGUGGAAUCGGAGUGGCAGAAGACCAGUUUAGGGCUGAAGGACAGUGGUAUGGCGGCAGAUUUGUUCUGGCAACUAGGUGAUACGAUCAAGAGCACGGGACAGCAGACACAUAAUGAUGGGAAUACCAUUUAUUAUGGGACUUCGGACUGGAAGUGUCUGGUUGAAGAUCAUGUGAAGAGGAUUGGGUGAAAAAGAAUUUUUGGAGACGAGCUUAACUUGUAUAUAUUCCUGUCACAUCUUCUCCAAUACCACCUGUUCUUGUUAAGUAACGCUGUAUAUAUUCUAGUACGCUGUGCCUGG